AUUCAUUGAUAACCUGAAGGAUAGCGCGAAGGGAACGUCAUGUAUGGCCAGUCUGUCUGACAAACUCACGCGCGCCUGUUGUAAGAGAUUCCUGGAUAGGGCGGCCAGUAUACCUGAAAAGGAACGGGAUCAUCAGACCCAAUGCGAGACCUUUAAAAACCUACGCAAUUGUGUGGAGCAUAUCGCUGAAGCCGAUUGCGUCAGAGGCGGCACAAGUGGUCAGCCUAUUGCUCAAAACCCUCGACCUGACGCCCAUUCCCGUGACUGCCCCGGGAGGCCAUCUGACGGCUAUGGUAGCCACUCGUGGUUGUGGGCGGGCUGUUGUUAUUGGGUGGGAUAG